AUGCAAAUAUUUGCUGAAUCUUUCACUCUCUCUGCUGUGGAUGUGGAUGGAAAAGUAUUCGAUGAAGUAUCCAGGGGUGUAUUUACAAAUGACGGUGUGACUUUAUUAAUGGACUAUCACACAGGAUUAUUCUGCCAUAAAAAGAUGGACAGAGUAAAUAUAGCAAUUUUCACAGAAGAAGAAGAUUUCACAGAGAAAGAUAUCCCAGAGAAAUAUGCAUACUUAAUGGGAAAUGGAGUAGUCUACCAGACAAAGACAGAUGGAAACAGGCAGAUAAUAGACAUAUCAUUUUCUGGUCUUUUAGUAAACAUAAAUGUAGAAACAUCCAGGAUAAAAGUUCCUCAGGCGCAUAAGAGACUAUAUAUAGGGGUAGAAGGAGCAAAGAACACAUGA